ACGUCGGCCGGGCGAACGCACAUGUUUACAGGCGGCAUUCCACCGGUAGAGGCAGCGGCUCGUGCGAGAAGGGCCACGGAGUGGAUUUUUUUCGGAUCUGUUGAAUCCGGAUUCUGGAGACCGGUCGCUCGCGCUCCCUGGCACGGUCUCGUUGUCCCGGUAGACAGAGACACCAACAACAUAAAACGUUUGUGAAAUGUAGGAGAGGAAAGAAAUUAAUUUGCGCUGAGAUCUUCUGGCUGAAAUGGACACGAGCACGUAUCUCUCGGUCCAACACGAGCGUGCCGUUCCGUGUUUUUCACGAGCCUCUUAGGCUUAAGGGAACGGCGAGGAAAAUAAACAGGUCGAAUCAAGAAAUAUUGGUUGCCGGUCGGAUAAAGAACGAGACGAGGAAAACUGGUCGCUUGCAUGCAUCCGUGGCGCGUAUCUGUGCUCUUUUGAUGUCAUACUUCACAUUCGAGCUGUAUCCGGUCCUGAUUUUACUGUUGUAAUGCCGACAGAGGACCUUCUGUGCUCGAAUAUGUUACUGCUGCCUAAUGCUCCGUUUUUGCUUUCAGAGCGCCUACUUGGUCCGUUGUGGUUAUGUUAUUUUGACGUUGUCGUUUGUUUGUUUUAAAACGAGACGUAUUCGGUGCGUAUCGAACAGUUUGCGUUCGCUAAAGCUAUAAUCGGACGGCGUCGUGGAGCUAUGCAUACGAGGCGCUUGGUGAAGCGCUCAAUCAUCGGGAGCCGUGUGUAUGCCACCGGCCCGGCGGGGGAUGCGUCUCCGUUAACGGGGUGGUCCAGGCGGUCAAGCAGGAGAACGGAGGCCCGACGCAACCUCUACACCGUGCUCAUGCAGGACGGCACGCUCGAGGAGUACACUGAGGAGGAGAUCGCCAUGGCGACUGGUCAGAUGGCUGCGAAGGGACCGCUCAAGUCCAGUUUGAAGCAGAACUCCAGUAAUGGCCAGGGUCCGGGUCAGCUGCAGGGGGAGGUCCAGAGCGCCGAGGAUGACCAGCGAGUGGCGGAGUCGGUUUCCGGACAAGACAAGGGCGCCAUAACUGACCGCUCAGUCUCCCUACUGGAGCAAGCAUAA